AUGGAGCGUACAUGGCAGAAUAGUGGAGCGAACCACCUGUCCUACUUUUACAAUUAUAUAUCCCGAGGAAAAGGGCGAGGUCUUGUUCCGCCUAAACCUGGCAUUUACUUGGAGACAAGCUGUGAGCUAUGAUGUAAUUUUAGGCUCAGCAACCUUGCACAGAGUCAAUAAAUGGAAUACAGUCUCAACAGCGCAGCUCACAUUUUGCUGACCAGGCACUCCUCGAUGAUGCAUCACACAGUACCUUGCUGGGUAGAGAAUAUCUACGUGCAACUUCGCAUUUUGGAUGGCUUUGGCAAGGGCAAAAUCGGUAACAAUCCAACCUAUACAAAGUUGACUUGUAUCUCUUAAAAAUGAAUGAGAUCGACAGACCCCAUCGGACUCUUCCUAUUUAUCAUCUUGGUUCCUCAAAAGCGGACAUAGAGAGCGAGCCGAAUUGGCAGGAGGUCCCUCACCACCGUGUCGGGUAUCGAGACCAGCACGGUCGAAUUGCAGGCAUCUCACACCUCGAAAAUGAUCUGGAUAAAGAUGAGGAAUUCCUCGAGCAUGCGAGACAGUUAGCGGAUGAACUACGCCGGAGGAAGGAGAGAGGGGAUCUGCUGACCGUGGUAGACUUCAUGAGAGACCAAGAAGAUUAUCACUUGAGGAUGCCCGCAAAGCACCCUUCUGGUUGGCGCUAUGUGCUUCACACCACGGAGAACUUCAUCAAAAACGAGGAAGAAUGGCCGGUUAAUAUCCAGAAACGGGAGAAGGAGAGACAACAAGAAAACCGCAAUGAAGAGGAGAGACCCAAACAGGAGCAUGAAUGGAGAAGGGAGCGUGGUCAAAUGACAACGCAUCACGGGGCCUACAGCACAAAAGGUUUACCACAAGAAAAUGAGCAAGAAAAGGGCCGCCUGGAUAAACAAGAGCUCGAAGAGGAGAAGAAACCUAAAUGGAAGCGGCUACAGCAGAAGUACUCGCCUCAGGAACUCGCUUUUCUACACUCUUUGAAGGUUGAAAAUGAUUAUAUGCAUGGUCUCGAAGUUGAUUCGGGAACCCGUGUUUCUCCAAAGGCUGACGAGCCCUUGAUAACGACGAUCGACGAAGCUGACCAAUAUACUCCUGAUAAUUGGAUCCCACGAGAUCAGGCUCUUGUUCGUCUGACUGGUAAACACCCAUUAAACGCCGAACCGGAUCUGACAACCCUGUUUGACGCUGGUCUAAUCACCCCAAGCAGCUUACACUACGUUCGAAACCAUGCUGCUGUACCUCAUAUUUUAUGGGAGACUCAUACGGUAGAUAUAAACAAUGGGAAGAAAAUCCUUACGAUGGAUGAGCUUGCCGAAUUUAACGCUAUCAACAUCCCUAUCGCAAUGGCCUGUGACGGAAAUAGGAGGAAAGAACUUAAUAUGAUCCGACGCUCAAAAGGUUUCGAUUGGGGUGCUGGAGGUGUUAGCUGUGCUUUUUGGAAAGGCGCCCUCUUAAGGGAUGUCUUGAUGUCGGCGGGCGUCAGGCUGAUGCCCUCGGCACACUCCCAUGCUCGUCUAUGGGUAAACUUUGAAGGAGCUGACAAUCCCAGCGAAGGCAAAUACUCCACAUGCAUUCCAUUGGAAUAUGCGAUGGAUCCCACGAACGACGUCAUUCUUGCAUAUGAAAUGAAUAACAGACCUUUGCCCCCUGAUCAUGGAUAUCCGGUUCGAAUUAUGAUUCCAGGGUACGUCGGUGGCAGAUGUGUUAAAUGGCUCUCGAGAAUCUGGAUAUCGGACAAAGAGAAUACGAGCUACUACCACACCUAUGACAAUAGGGUGCUUCCAAGCUUCGUGAUCGAGAAGGAUUCCGAAUUUGCAAGGACCAUGUUCCACCAUCCAAGCACCGCUUGCAAUGAGCAAAAUCUGAACUCUGUGAUUGUCAGACCAGGUCAGAACGAGAAGAUCGAGCUGCAAAACGCGAAGUUUGGCCAGACAUAUAGGAUCCAAGGGUAUGCUUAUGAUGGCGGAGGGUGUGAAGUUCAGAGAGUUGAAGUUAGUUUAGAUGAUGGAAAAACUUGGCUAUAUUGCACUCGAAAGUUUCCUGAAGCACCCGUUCGACACGGGAAGAAAUUUUGGACGUGGUUGUUCUGGCAUGUUGAUGUUGAAAUUGCCCAUCUCAUCAGCGCAAAGAGUAUUGCGGUCCGAUGCUUCAACGUCUUCAAGAAUACCCAGCCAGAAAAGCCAGUUUGGAAUCUUAUGGGGAUGAUGAACAAUUGCUGGUAUGUUGUUCGGACAGAAACCAUAAACGACGAAAAUUCCGGUGCUCUUUGCUUGAAUUUCCAACAUCCAGUUGAGCCAGGGAUCAGUAAAGGUGGGUGGCUAAAGCCGUCCGCUGAGGUACAAAUGGAAAGCAUCAAACAUGAGGUAUCCGCACCACAAAAACAAUUUACUCGUGAGGAAAUAGAAAAGCACAACAAAGAAGGGGUUUGCUGGAUUGUGGUCAACGGAAAAGUUUACGACGCUACCAGCGUCCUUAGCUGGCAUCCUGGUGGAAAGGCUCCGAUUAUGGCACACGCCGGAAAGGUCCACGCAGAUACGACGGAGGAAUUUGAGAGUAUUCAUGACGAUUACGCCGAGCAGAAACUCAGUGAAUGCGUCAUAGGCGUGGUCACAGACAAGGCCAAAGCUUUCAUCAAGAGGCAAAAGGAGCAGGCCGCUAAAGAUGCUGCUGCUGUCUCCGAAAAAGCUGGGGAUAUUGCAUUGAAUCGAAGAAGAUGGGUCCCCGUCAAGCUCAUCAAAACCACGCAUAUAUCAGAAGACACCCAGCGCUACAAAUUCGCCUUACCCGAGGGGGCGAAAAGCUUAGGUCUCCACACAGGUGAACACAUUCAAAUUGGAUUCCAUUUCCUAGACCGAAUGGUCACCCGUUCAUACACACCGGUUCGACCAAUCCUCGAGGAAGAAAAGGACGGCACAUUCGAUCUAGUCGUAAAAUCCUAUUUUCCCAGUAAAGACAUGCCGGGAGGAACAAUAAGCAAUAUUCUUCACGAACUUCGUCCUGGCGAAGAAAUCGAAAUCAAAGGUCCCAUGGGAGAGAUCCACUAUCUCGGCCACGGUAAAUUGAGAGUUGAUGGCAAGACCCUCCAAUUUCAAAAUAUAUCCCUGGUCUUGGGUGGUUCUGCCAUAACCCCCGGCUGGCAAUUGAUCAAGGAUAUUCUCAAGUCUGAAAACCCGCAUGACAAUACUAAGAUUGUGCUUGUCGACGCGAAUAAGACGGAAGGUGAUAUCUUAUUGAGAGACGAGAUGGAGAAACUCAUGAAAGAACAUCCCGACCAAUUUAAAAUCAAUCAUAUCCUGUCUGAUCCCGGGAAGAUUUGGAAAGGUGAUACCGGGUUUGUGACUGAAGACUAUCUGAAAACGCACUGCUAUCCGCCUGGGGAUGGAAACGUUGCUCUAAUAUGUGGUCCGCCAGCGAUGAUUGCAAAGGCUGUGUUACCAGCCCUCAAGAAUUGGGGAUAUAGAGAGGAAGAGAAUCUUUUCGGUUUUUAAGGACCUAAUAAUGACUUCUAAGUCAAUCAUUUUGAAAUUCGAGUUAUAUUUUCCAUUAUUUACGUAGUUUCGGGAUCGUGUUGUUACGGUUGUAAUGCAAUCUAAUGAUACACGUUGUCGUCGUUGA